GUCUAGUAUCAAAAAAGUCAGUAGUGUAAGCCAAGGCAAGGAAGUGUGCGCGCGCCGGUUCAUUACUUGCCGGCGAUUCGUUUAAAUUACGUAGGAUUUUUAGUUUUUACUCAAAAUAAUGUGUUUCAAGGAACAAGUAAAAAUAAACAAAAUGUCAGGCUUCGUAAUUAUGUUCGUUAUUUUUCUAAGUGCAAUUUGCGUAGACUCAAAAAGCGAGUUUUGUUGUAAAGCAGGCCAUUUCAUAUAUAAGAGCCAAAACAGAACUAAAACUUGCUGGGAUCCUAUAACGAGAACUAAUUCUGCAUUGCAAAUUACUUGUGAGAUAAAUGUGUUGUUAAUUGAAGACGAUAUGUACUCAUUUAGUGUGAACAAUGAGAAAUAUUUGGUUAUCAGUAUGCCUAACUUUCAAUCUGAAUUGGAUCCUGAAACAUUUUGCGUCGGCAAUUAUUCACUGAGCACGAACACCACUUCAUUACUUAAUGCGAGGAAAGCAGCCAUAAUUUGCGAAGUCGAGGAAGAGAAUGCGAUCGUUGAUCAAAGUGUAUUGGCAUACUGCAUGCUCGUGUCAGUUGUUUUCCUUACUUUGACAUCUAUUAUCUACAUUGCUCUACCUGAAAUUAGAGACUUAAACGGUAAGAGUAUCAUAUGUUUCUGCGUCUCUCUCGCUAUGGGCUUACUCUGUUUGGCGAUUAUGAAUCUCAUUAGCUCAUACUCCGACAUGAAUCUCUGCGCAACUCGAGGUUUUCUUACGUAUUACUUUUUCAUAGCAAGUUUCUUCUGGACCAAUGCUAUAUCAAUACAGAUACUACGCAGCAUGAGACGUCCAUUAACAGUGGACUACGGAUGGAAGGAGUUUGCGUGGUACGCCUUGUACGCGUGGGGAGCGAGCGCAGCGAUAACUACAGCUAUGGCCAUUGUUAACUUCAUUCCUGGGAAUCAUCAGAAGCCCGGAAUAGGAUUGAACCAUUGCUGGUUUUUCGAUAAGAAGCAGCAGUGGUACUACAUGUACAGCGUGAUGACAAUCUUGAUCUCUGCCAACAUCUGUAUCUUCGUGUACACCUCUGUGCUGCUCUGGCGGCACAGCUUCGCCUCCACACAUCUCAAGGCGCUCAAGUACAAAUUCAUGAUGACCGUCAGACUGUUCAUCAUAAUGGGAGUUCCGUGGAUCUUCGAGAUGAUAAGUUCCAUCUCGAAUAAAAGUAUUAUUUGGGUAAUACUAGACUUUGUGAACGUGCUGCAAGGCCCGCUGAUCUUCCUGGUGCUGGUGGUUCUGCGGAGACGCGUGGUGAAGGCGCUGUUGCGGCGCGGCGCGCUCGACUGCCUCGCGCCGCACAUCGAGCGCCAUCUUGCGCUCGCAGACGACGACGAGGACGUCAUACAACACACUAUGGACGUGCCAAUGGACGAGAAAGUCACCAUCACUUAGGAUCCGCAUUAAACACAAACACACUGAUGACAGCCGCCGACUGUGACCAGGCUUACUAUAAGCCUCGAUGAAAGCCAAAAUACCUACUGCAUUCUUGGUGUUCGAUUCCGUUAAAGCAAUAGAUUUUAUAUUGUCGCAGGCAUUUGAUAUUUGGUUUGAACACUUUUCUGACAUCGAAGUGCCUUUGUCCAGCGAAUGGUUAACUGUAACAUUGUGAGGUUAGCUUAGAACAAAACUAUAAGUACAAACAGUACCUAGAGCAAAAUGUUAUUGAUAAAUUUUAAUAAUUUUAAUAUUGGAUUUUGUCUAAUGUAUCGAAUGUGGAAAUGAUUAAGGUUAAAUUCUACUUGCAAAUGUCCGAAUUGGAUUUGUAAAUAGCGGAAUAGUAAAAUGCCCGAAAAGUAAAAAAAACGAUAGCAGUAAGAAUACAAGAAUGCAACAGUACAAAACUAGUCAAAAAUACUUUACCUUUAAUAUUUCAUACAUGUUACGUUAUUAACA